GACCAGGCUGGCCUCGAACUCACAGAGAUCCACCUGCCUCUGCCUCCCGAGUGCUGGGAUUAAAGGCGUGCGCCACCACCGCCCGGCCCCCUUUUUUUUUUUUAAUGGAGCAAGUGUAUAUGGGGACUAACAAUGAUGAAUUAAGAUGGAAACAGUAUGAAAAUAUGCUCCUUAUUAUAGAAGAAAAGUAAUUGCUUCAGAAUAGCACACCUGAAUUAUUUAUAUGUGUGUGUGCACAUACAGAUACAUGAAAAGGAGCGGGGAAAACGCCAGAGGAUAAUUUAAAAACACUUUGCAUUUAGCUUAAUGUGGCCAGUGCCUUCUGAACUCAUCUUGUGAUUUAACAGAAGGCACCGUAUACCUUGGGGUCUAUCUCGUAGAUUUGCUGUGAGAGUUAAAUGCGAUGAUGCAGAAAUAGUAAAAGAAGAACAUAGUCUGUGCUUAGUAUGUGUCAGUGACUAGGAAGAACAAAACAUUUAGUGUAGGACAACUGAGAGUCCAUUCCUGAGGAUGAACUGUGAUGAUCAAAGAUGUUUUCAUUACUAGGUUUUAGUGUAGAAGAGUAAGAUAGAAGAUGCUAAGAGGACUCCUGCUGGUUGUCACAUGUUUCUGAGCUACAAUCAGUAGAAUCAAGUAUUCUGAGAAUUUUUUUUUUUUGGCUUGAAUGUUGAAAUAGCAGAAAAACAAAGUGUUUUUUGUUCUUUGUUUUUUGUUUUUUUUUGUUUUUUUGUUUUUUUUUGCAUAGGGACCUCUGAAUUAGGUUGGAGAAUUGCCAAGUUAUCCAUGUCCUAAGUAUUUGGGGGAACUUUGUGAAGAGAGUCACCUUUCACCCCCAGCACUGACCAUGCCCUACCACUACUACUCCAAUACUACCAGUGCUUCCAUCACUGCUGCUACUGUGUCCAGCUAGUUAAGUGCCUGCCUUAUAUCAGGCAUUCAAAAUACUGAGGCCUGUGUCUCAGACCUGUAAUCCUAGUUAUUUUGUUGAGUGAGGCAGGAGGGUUAGUUACAAGUUCAAAGCUUGCCUGGGUUACAGAGUGAGUUCAAAGCCUCCAAAAGAAUUCAAGGCCAGCCUUAGCAACUUACGGAGACCCUGUGUCAAAUAAAAAAGGCUGGGACUAUAGCUCAGUGGUGAAGUGUUUGCCUGGCCAGCAUGUACAAAGGCCCAAGUUUAAUAUCCAGUACUGAAUAAACAUAAAACCAAGCAUUGUUACUUAUCUUCAAAGCUGCAGCUCUCUGAAUGCCCAGGCACAUAAUCAGUACUGAUGUAGGGUAUGAAUGGAGUGAAGAAGGUGGAAGUAUUGUCCUGGGUCCCAGACAAAGAAAUCUAAUCCCAGAAGACAGGGGAAAAAAGGAAAUUUAAAUGAUGUCUAACCAAAGUAUAAUAAUUUCUUCAAACAGAGGCAAGGAAAGUGUAGUUUCUGAACUGGAUGAUGGCAACAUUACAGAAUUAUGAAGAAUCUGAAAAGGGGACAAAGAAAACCUUUGCUCCACCUACACAAAAACCACAUAUCGUGAAACCCCAGCCUAAGUCAUGGAAGGAGGAGACCCUGGGGACCAGUUCUCCAGAGGCCGAGGCCAAGCCAAGCCGCCCGAAAGCCAGCUCAAAGAAGAGGGAGCAGAAGACAGCCACAGAGCAUGGUCCAAGUGGGGGCCAGGAGAAAAAGCAAAAGGCUCAAGAUAAGCCGGCUGAGAAGAAAGGAAAGUCUCUGCAGGAAAAACCAACUCUUACCAACGCAGAAUUUGAGGAGAUUUUCCAGAGUGUACUACAGAAAUCCCUGCAGGAGUGCUUGGGGUUGGGGUCUGGCCUUAAUUUUGCAGAGACUUCCUGUGCCCAACCCAUAAUACCUACCAAAUCAGACAGAGAACCAGGAAUUGCUCCUUCAGCAGAUAAUGAAAAUGCUGAUGGGGAAAAGGUAAUAGUACCUGAUACUCCAGAGAUUGCAUCUUCUCUGGAAGAGGAAGUGAGCUCUGAGACAAGGACAUCUAAGUCAGGCCAGCCAGUUACUGAACCCUCUAAGAAGAAAUUCAACAGACUUUUUUCAAGCAAAAGAAAGAAGAAAGCUGAUGAGAAAAUCCAAGAUGGACAUGAGUGCAGUCUGAAAGCCAAACAGAAAACAAUGAUUCAGGAUCAUUCUCAGAUCAGGGGCCAGCAGAAAGAAGAGGAAGGUGGUUUUGGCCAGUGUCUCAUCUGGGUCCAGUGUUCCUCUCCAAAGUGUGAGAAAUGGAGGCAGCUUCGUGGAGGCAUUGAUCCCUCAGUUCUCCCAGAUAACUGGUCUUGUGAUCAGAACCCAGACCUGAACUAUAAUCGCUGUGAUAUUCCUGAGGAGACCUGGACAGGGUGUGAGAGCGAUGUGGCCUAUGCCUCCUAUGUUCCAGGAUCCAUCAUCUGGGCCAAGCAAUACGGUUACCCCUGGUGGCCAGGCAUGAUAGAAUCUGACCCUGACCUGGGGGAGUAUUUUCUUUUUGCAUCUCAUCUUGAUUCCCUGCCGUCCAAGUACCAUGUGACAUAUUUUGGAGAAACAGUUUCUCGUGCGUGGAUCCCAGUUAGCAUGCUGAAGAACUUCCAGGAGCUGUCCCUGGAGCUAGCCAGAGUGAAAAAAUGCAAGAACAAGGACUAUGGCCAGAAACUGGAGGCAGCCAUAAGGAUGGCUCACAAGGCAGAGCAGAUCAGUGUUCAGGAGCGGGUUAACUUGUUUGGUUUCUGGAGUCGAUACAAUGGAUCUGACGGCAGUGGGGAAGGGAAAGAUUUGAUGGUCUGUGAGCCCAGCCGCCCCGAGUGUUGUCUGGAGAAAGAGAAGGACUCAGAGGAGGAGAAGGAGGAGAAAGAAGAGAAGAAAGAUCCAACUUUGCCUAGACCCAAGCCAGCUAAAAUACAGACCAAAAAAACCAAGUCAAGAGGCCCAUCAGGAGGACCAGCCGGGACUUCAAAAGAAAAGACUGUGAAGAAGUCUCUGGGCAGUGAGUCUGCAGUCCCUCCUGGACCCAUUAUGGGAGGGAAAGAAGAACAGGGGAAUUUAGACCUGGACCAUCCAGGCCCUAAAAAAAAAUUUAAGACUCCUGAAAGCAAGGCCUCAGCUACCGAAUUACCCAAGGAGAAAGCAAUUAAAACUGAUUCAAAGUGCCCUGCUCCACCAGCUCCACACGGGGCUUGUCCAUUGGGAAAGGAAGGUCCUGGGCCUCAGGAGCCCCUGACACAGGAGGCAGCAAGUUUCCCCCCUGAAGAUGAUGGUUCCAGUGACCUGGACUUGGAACAACUCAUGGAAGACAUUGGAGAGGCAGAGGAGAGAGGGGAGUCGCAGCAGAGGGAUGGCUCAGAAGAGUUCCUGGCGGGCCUCUUUGAGGAGUAGUGUGCUCUGGACCUUCUACUGCUGACUGCCUCUCAGUGAUCCUGAGCAGAUGUUGAAUGUCGGGGUUGGUGACCUGCUCCAUGUUUCAGGUCAGAGCUGUGCUUCAUGGGUAAUAAAGCAGGUCUCUGGGUC